AUGUGGAGACGAGGACUGACCCAGACGGUGGGUGUCUUCUUCGAUGUGGACGGCGUCCUCCUCCGUGGUGGUUCCGUUCUUCCAGCAGCUCGUCGAGCGUUCCAGAAGCUUGUAGACCAGAACCAGAAGUUCCGGGUCCCGGUGGUUUUCGUCACUAAUGCAGGAAGUUGUGAGAAGCAGCAGAAGGUGGAGCAGCUGUCCCGCCUGCUGGACGUCCCGAUCACCCCAGAGCAGCUGGUUCUUUCCUACAGUCCUCUGCAAACCAUGAGAAGUUUCCACGAUAAAUGUGUCCUUGUCUCUGGACAGGGACCCGUCACUCGCAUCGCAAACUCUCUGGGCUUCCACAAGGUGCUGACCAUCGAACAGCUGGCAGAACAGCACCCCCUGCUGGACAUGGUGGACCACAGCAGGAGACCCAGCACACCUUCGGAGCCUCGGAGUCUCCCUCGGGUCGAAGCGAUAAUCCUGCUCGGGGAGCCCGUACGGUGGGAGACGAACCUGCAGCUGCUGAUCGACUUGCUCAUGACCAACGGAAGUCCGGGUUCCGUGUACGACGCCCGGCCGAAGACGCAGCUCCCGGUUCUGGCGUGCAACGCGGACCUGCUGUGGAUGGCCGAGGCGCCGUCGCCACGGUUUGGCCACGGGAUGUUCCUGCUGUGCCUGGAGUCGGUCUACAGGAAGCUGAGCGGGCGAGAGCUGCAGUACCAGGCCCUGCUGGGAAAACCGGCGCUGAGAACCUACCGGCACGCCGAGGUUCUGCUGCGGCAGCAGAACCUCGGCCGCAGAGUCAGCACCAUCUACGCUGUGGGAGACAACGUGAUGACAGACAUCUAUGGAGCCAAUCUCUACAACCGUUACCUGUCCCGGCGCCAUGCGGCCGGGACAGCCGAGCUGGCGGUGCAGGGCACAGGAAGUGAUGUCACAGAGGAGGCGGAGUCAGCGUCUCAGUGUCACUCCAUCCUGGUGUGUACAGGUGUGUACGACCCUCGCUCUGAGCUUCCUCCCACCCAGACCGGCGCCGCGGCGGUGGGGCUCCACAGAGACCUGGUCCUGGAGCCGGAGCUGCUGGAGCCCCGGCACCUGGUGGAGGACGUGGAGGACGCCGUGGACCUGCUGCUGCACGCCGCACACCACUGA